AUGCGAACGAAGACGAAGGUGGCUGAACUUUCACCUCUGAGCAAUGGCCACAGCGUUCUCGUGGUUGAUAAUGGAAUAGUUGGACGUGAAACAAAAAGCAACAAGAAAUCAUCGGGUCCAAGAGUCUCCAAUAGCCUUCCUUUGAGCUCCUGCUCAACAUCUCGGUCUCAACCUCUUAAACAGUUGCCUUCAUACACUAAUGGUUUUGUGGAUCAUGGGGACCGGGCCACUAACCAAAUUCUAACCCACCUCCACAUUGGAACCCCUGCGAUCACAAGAACCUUCAUCGUCGACCUCGCCGGCCAAAUCCCCUGGCUCGACUGCUACACCACGGCUAAAUACUCUGCAUCCACUUCCUCCACUCACCGCCUCGCCAAAUGCGGCUCCGCCUCUUGCUCCGUCACCGCAGCUUCCUGCUCUGGCAUCUGCCACUCCGCGUCGGGACCCGACUGCCACAACAACACCUGCCAGCUCCUGACACGAAACCCGAUUCGGAACGCAAACAGUUUAUCCGAGGUCGCCGUCGACACGGUCUCGCUUCGCUCCACCAUCGGCGGCGGCAGGGCGGGCAAACACGUGUCCAUCCCCAAUUUCAUCCUCGCCUGCGACGAUUCCUACCACCUGGGCCACCUCGCCGCCGGCGUAGUCGGAUCAGUAGGUCUCGCUAGAAGCAGAGUCUCCGUCCCUUCCCAGCUCUCCUCAGCUGCAACCCUAGCCGCGAAAUUUGCGAUUUGCUUGCCCUCGUCCCCUGAUUCCAAUGUUCUUCGGCGAUUCUCCUUACGUUUUCUACCCUUCCGACAACGAAACCCGCUCAAAUGA